GAGUCUAGGGCUUGGUGGAUAGGAAGGUUGGUGGUCCUAGGUGGGGGGCGGGGGGCGAGACUGUCCCGCCUCCUGGCGCCUGAGGCGAAUGCGGCUCGGGCGCUGCUCCACCCGGCUCGGGUCCGCUCCGGGCGCUGGCGGAGGGCGGGGGCUGCGUCCUGCAGCCGAGCUCUGCUGGCAGCGCCCUCCCGUCGGGCCCCAGCAUUGUUGGAUGGGAGCUGGACGCUGCGGGCGAGGAGGCAGAGCAGGGUGCCCAUAGCUCCCUCUGUGCGGCGCCGCAGCGUCGGAGUAAACUUUGCGCCCCAGCGGAGUUGGGAAGAGGGAGCCGAGGAACGGGGCGGCCGCUGGCUGAGCCACCGGCUCCGGUGCUUUCUCCAGGGUCCCAGCGGCCCUCUUCGUGGCCCGGUCGCCCAGGCCCUGGGUCCGGCUCACGCGUCUCCUCUUCCCUGCCCUUUGUCGUCCCCAGUUCCAGGCGUCGGAAAUGUUGAAGCCGGGAGACCCAGGCGGCUCGGCCUUCCUCAAAGUGGACCCAGCCUACCUGCAGCACUGGCAGCAACUCUUCCCGCACGGCGGCGCCGGCCCGCUCAAGGGCAGCGGCGCCGCAGGUCCCCUGAGCGCGCCACAGCCUCUUCAGCCGCCGCCACCUCCCCCGCCGCCCCCAGAGCGCGCCGAGCCUCCGCCGGACAGCCUGCGCCCGCGGCCCGCCUCUCUGUCCUCUGCCUCGUCCACCCCGGCUUCCUCCUCCACCUCCGCCUCCUCCGCCUCCUCCUGCGCUGCUGCCGCCGCGCUGGCGGGUCUCUCGGCCCUGCCGGUGUCGCAGCUGCCGGUGUUCGCGCCUCUAGCCGUCGCCGCCGAGCCGCUGACCCACAAGGAACUGUGCCUCGGCGCCGCCUCCGGCCCGGGGCCCGCCAAGUGCGGCGGCGGCGGCGGCGGGGAUGGCCGAGGCGCCCAGCGCUUCCGCUGCAGCGCAGAGGAGCUGGACUAUUACCUGUAUGGCCAGCAGCGCAUGGAGAUCAUCCCGCUCAACCAGCACACUAGCGACCCCAACAACCGUUGCGACAUGUGCGCUGACAACCGCAAUGGCGAGUGCCCGAUGCACGGGCCACUGCACUCGCUGCGGCGGCUCGUGGGCACCAGCAGUGCUGCGGCCGCCGCGCCCCCGCCGGAGCUGCCGGAGUGGCUGCGGGACCUGCCUCGCGAGGUGUGCCUCUGCACCAGCACCGUGCCUGGCCUGGCCUAUGGCAUCUGCGCGGCACAGAGGAUCCAACAGGGCACCUGGAUUGGACCCUUCCAAGGCGUGCUUCUGCCGCCAGAGAAGGUGCAGGCAGGCGCCGUGAGGAACACGCAGCAUCUCUGGGAGAUAUAUGACCAGGAUGGGACACUACAGCACUUUAUUGAUGGUGGGGAACCUAGUAAGUCGAGCUGGAUGAGGUAUAUCCGAUGUGCAAGGCACUGCGGAGAACAGAAUCUAACAGUAGUUCAGUACAGGUCGAAUAUAUUCUACCGAGCCUGUAUAGAUAUCCCCAGGGGCACCGAGCUUCUGGUGUGGUACAAUGACAGCUAUACGUCUUUCUUUGGGAUCCCCUUACAAUGCAUUGCCCAGGAUGAAAACUUAAAUGUCCCUUCAACGGUAAUGGAAGCCAUGUGCAGACAAGAUGCCCUGCAGCCCUUCAACAAGAGCAGCAAACUCACCCCCGCCACCCAGCAGCGCUCCGUUGUUUUCCCCCAGACUCCGUGCAGCAGGAACUUCUCUCUCCUGGAUAAGUCUGGGCCCAUUGAGUCAGGAUUUAAUCAAAUCAACGUGAAAAACCAGCGAGUCCUUGCAAGUCCGACUUCCACAAGCCAGCUCCACUCGGAGUUCAGUGACUGGCAUCUUUGGAAAUGUGGUCAGUGCUUUAAGACUUUCACCCAGCGGAUCCUCUUACAGAUGCACGUGUGCACGCAGAACCCUGACAGACCCUACCAAUGCGGCCACUGCUCCCAGUCCUUUUCCCAACCUUCAGAGCUGAGGAACCACGUGGUCACUCACUCUAGUGACCGGCCUUUCAAGUGUGGCUACUGUGGUCGUGCCUUUGCCGGGGCCACCACCCUCAACAACCACAUCCGAACCCACACUGGAGAAAAGCCCUUCAAGUGCGAGAGGUGUGAGAGGAGCUUCACGCAGGCCACCCAGCUGAGCCGACACCAGCGGAUGCCCAAUGAGUGCAAGCCAAUAACCGAGAGCCCAGAAUCAAUCGAAGUGGAUUAACUGAUUGACUGGUUGGAAUUAAACUGCAAGGAAAGUCAUGAUUAAAUGUCACGGACACUUAAGCAAAACCAAAGAUUUCCUCUGAGCAACUUUCAAUCAGUCCCAGAAAACCAAAAGCAGUAAUAAAAUAAGUAAGAUGUUAAGAGCUAUUGAUCCUGGCAUGGAAGUCAGACCAGGAAAGAGAUUAUUUAUUUAUGACUAGAGAUGAGACGUAUUUCGGUGGACAACUGACCUGGGAUGGCUAACAUUUCCAGUCCCACCAUGUAUUUUGCUUUGUUUCUAAAAAGCUUUUUAAAAACUGUUAUUUAAUACCAAAGGGAGGAAUCGUAUGGGUUCUUCUGCCCUCCAUUGUGACUAAGAUGCACAGGGACUUGGUUCUCGUUGCACCUUUUUUUUUAGUAGCAUGUUUCAUGGGGACCCACUGUACAGCCCUUCCGUCUGCUGUGUCGGUUUGGCCUGGCCUGACGCUGGCUGCCCCAGCGGGGACCACUGCGGGGAAGCAGAGCAAGAGCCUUCACAGAGUCAGUGCUACCUUUAGCCCCAGACACAUCCCAUUUCCGUGUCUUCCAUGCUCACUUCUCAUGCACUUUUCACACGGUUUCUUCCAAACAGCCCGGUCUUGAUGCAGGAGAGUCUGGAAAAGGAAGUACAUGGUUUCAAUUUCAAAAUUCAAAGGAAAAAGUUGAGGACUUACUUUGUCCUGUCAAGAUUGCAAGAACAUGUAAAAUGUACGGAGCUUCAUAAUACGUUAUAUUGUUCCGAAGCAGUUCGUUGAGAAAAGUUUGUUUUCAAUAACAUUUUAGCUUAAAAAAAAAGAAAACAAAAAUAAAGUUCUUUGGUCUAAGGCUGGAGAUAAGGUGUUAGGCUUCAUGUAAUUUUUUUAGUUGUUUCUGUGAAAGUGUUGAUCAUGUGAACAAAAAUAGUGCCAACCCCCAUUAUCAAGGCCCUUUUAGCAGUUUUAUCUUUCUUCUUCAUAUCGAUGAACCCCAAGAGCCCCCUUUCCUUUCUCCUGAGUGUGGGGGGAGCAUUUCUACAAAUACAGGUGAAAAUAGCCCAGACAAGGAGACUUUGAGAGGAGGAACCAUGGAGAAGGUUGUGGUUAGAAGAGAUAGCCCAGGAGUAGCCAAUUUUAUCAGUGAAAUUACCUUUUCUUUUCUCGAGAUUGAUUAAUUGAAAGAAAAAGAAUUUUGUAUACAAUUUCACUAUUCUUUGAGUGCUUAGAAAGUGAGUUUAAUUUCAGCUAGCCUGUUGGUAGUUCAGCAGUGGUGCUCAAUGAAAUUGGGUCACAUUUAAUGAAAUGAUCUAUGUUGGGAAAAACUGAUAGCUCCCAGCAGCAUCUCAGAGACUGUCUACCUCAAUGGCCAGUUUGGAUAAAAACUAGAGUGUUUAAUAACAACAAUUUCUGUUUGUAAGUUGCAUCAUCACCUGAUAUCAGGACAUAGUCUUUUAAGGAACUCCUUGUCUUUGAGCUUUCCCAUUGUCUUCCCUCAAUAAAAAUGAGACACAUAACUGAACUCACUACUAAAAGGCAAGGAUACUGCAUGGUUUAAUCUAUUAUUAUGCCUCUGACUCAGAAAAUCUCUCUUUCCGUUUAAUUUUGCUUCUCUAUUCCUUAGCAGCCCAGCUACCAUGUUUUAAAUGGAAUUCAACAGAGCCUCAUUAAUAAGUGUUUAUAGUUAUUUAUAUAUGUAUAUAUGCAUAUAUACACAUAACAAUAAUAAUAAUCUCUAGGACCCCAGGCCAUAAAGAGAAAUAUGACCUAUUCUGAUCUCUUUUUUGCCCAAUCUCAUACCAUUCACCUAGAAUUUACCUCCAGUUCUUACUCUCUCCUGGUCAUGAAAGUAGUAAGGAAUCUUUGCAGCUGUAUAACAGUAGCUGAUUGAAACUGUUCUCUCUGGUAGUUAGGAAUGUGUUCUGGUUUUACAAUUCCCUGCCCUAAGUGAUGGAGGCAUUUACCAACAAUGUGUGUCAUCGGGACGGGUGAAUGAAAUGUAUCCAUAUUAACCUGAAACCUGUAAGAAAAGGACAGAUCAUUCUACAGAUGAGUAAGCUGUUCCAUUUAUUAAGGUUGAAACAUUUACCCAAACUUCUUGAAAAGAAUAGGGAAUCACCUGUAUGUUUUUAACAUAUUUUUCAUUUGAUGUGAAAAACCAGUUCUGCCAUUUGCCACAUUGCACAGUUGAACACAAUGUACCCACUCAGUUCUCAUGAGCUUCAGAACAUGGGAAGAUGAGAAGGCCUCCCUCCUCCCUUGAUACCUGGCAUGGGAAGGGUUUCCAUAACAACGAUCUCUCUUGCCACCCUGAUGGCUUUGCUAUCUGAUCCCAAACUUCCACUGAAUGUGACAGUAACCUCUACACCAAAAUACUCUUCUAGUGUUCUGCUCCAUUUAAAUUUAUGUGAAUCCGCUAUUAUUAAGAGAAAUUAUUGGCAUAUAUAUUCCAUCAAAUUUGGUUAGAAAAUAUUUUCUGCUUAACAAAUAGAAAAUUGGAUACUCUAAUUUUCCAGGCAUGUGGGCACAUUCACAAUUUUUAUAUUGCUGUCCUAUUGCCAGCUUCUAGCAGACAAGCCUAGGCUGUCUGUCCACAGACAGGCUUAUACCUGGACAUUGACUGGGAACCCUGAAGCAGGUACUGAGAUCAUUUGGGUCCAAAAUGAUUUUAAUCAAAGUGUGUGCUGGAGAGGAGGUUCCUCCUUGAAACUUCCUAACAAUUGCUUUAGACUUUUCUAUUUAAAGUGGACACACAAUCCCCUGGGAUACAGCAAAAGGGUGGUAGAAAUUGCAGUCAUAAAGAUUUGCUAGUUUUUCUUAUUAGUGACUUCCUAAUUAGUAGUGCUGUGAAGAGAAUAAAAGCUCUGAGUCACUGAGGAAAGGAUAUUUAAAAUGAGAAAGGUAGUCUGUCAGAGCUGAAUCAGGGUUUGGCUCUUGAAGCACUUCGUCUUUACUCUUUUCUGUCAAUGGGGACAUAAUAAUAAUUUUUUUUUUUUUUGAGACAGAGUUUUGCUCUUGUCACCCAGGCUGGAGUGCAAUGGCGCAAUCUCGGCUCACCACAACCUCCGCCUCCCGGGUUCAGGCAAUUCUCCUGCCUCAGCCUCCUGAGUAGCUGGGAUUACAGGCACCCGUCACCGUGCCCAGCUAAUUUUUUGUAUUUUUAGUAGAGACAGGGUUUCACCAUGUUGACCAAAAUGGUCUCGAUCUCUUGACCUCGUGAUCCCCCCGCCUCGGCCUCCCAAAGUGCUGGGAUUACGGGCGUGAGCCACCACGCCCAGCCAAUAAUUUUUUUUCUUUUUUUUUUUUUUUUUUUUUUCAGAAUAAGACUUUACAUCCUAGCGUAUGCUCAUUUAUUUAGCAAAGAGUCUAAGUCAAAGGGUAAUGCCAGGUAAAAGCCAAGGUGCAACAGGAUGAGAGGUGGAGCUGCAGACCUUUGCAUUUCUAGAAAAAUCUCAAUAUCCCAAGGCAAAGUUGUAUUUUUCCCCAGGAUAUGUGCAUACAUUUUUCUUAGAUAAACUUUUCAUUUUCAUUUUGUUUUUAUCUUUAAAAAUGACUCUUUUUUGGAGGAGAUAGACUUCUAAAAAAUUAUCGAAUGGCUAAUUAAAGCUGUAAAACUUAAUCUUGUAUAAUUUAUAUAAUUUGAUUCAGUUGGUACAUUUUUUAUCAUGUUCAUUCAAAUGUAGCCUUCUUGAGAAACUAUAUAACAGAAAAAGAUCAUGACAUCAUUGUAUCCUCAUAAGGCUCAUAAUUGAAUAUGACCUUUUAAAGAUUUCAUUCUGGUCGAGGUAUACAAAGAUUUAUACAAACAUUUAGCAGUUCAUCAAUUUUUAAAUCAAAUGUUUGUUUCAUUCAUUUAUUCAACAAGUAUUUAUUGAACUUUUGUUUUAUAUAAAGACCCUAUUUUAGGUGUUCACCACAAGCAGCAUUAUUUAAGCAACUAUUCAUGAUAAAAUAAUAUUCUCUUCCUAUGUGGCUGCUGGUAACAUGGGUAUUUUAGUCCUUUAGACCAUUGUCUCAGUGAAGUUAAAGAUAUUGUUCCAACUGGGAGAAUCUGAGAGGUAAAUUCAUCUGAGACCAGAAGACAGCAUAUUGCAAACCAAGCUAAGAUGUACAACUUGGUUGUCUUUGCUUAACUCACUGGGCUAUUGGUUGUUAGCAGUAUCAAGAGACCAGAAUUAGAGCCUAGGUCUUGGGUUUUUUUUAUGACCCCCUUUCAAUGAUAAGACAACAAGUGGGGGACAGGGCUGGAGCUGCUCAGGGAAGGAACUUGGAAACCCUGAAUGGGUUGCAGGUGCCUCAUUCAUGAUAACUGUUGGCAGUGAAGUCUCUGUCCCCAGUGUGCAAAAGUAACAUCAUUAUUUGUUUUGUACUAAUUUAAAAUAUAAGAUGCAAGUAUCUAUUGAGUUGUUUAAAAUGGGAAACAUGGCCCAUCUCACAAAGAGGGGCAUUUCCAGAACAGCAGGGUUAAUGGGUCACUCUGGGUGUACCCAGCAGCCUGUGUUUAGGAGCAAAUUCAUUGCUCUCAUAUUAAUGCUACGCAUGCCUGCAGAAACCAGGCCAGGAAUAACAAAGUAAAUAAUCACAUUUCCCAAAAGGUUUGUUUAUCUUUUUCUUCAUUGAUGUGAAUUUAAUUUUUAUUUCCCAGAUCCUUUAUCAGUUUCUGACAUCAAAUUCUGAAAGAUAUUGAGAUAUAUCCUUCUUUAAAUGAUAACAGUAAGUUUCAGAAAUGUCAUUGGCUUGUCGGGAUCCUUGUAAGGUGAAGAGCUUUGAAAAAUUUGACUUGGUGACUAGAUAUCUGGGUGAUUAUCCACCCAAAGUUUAAGGUUCUCCCCUCACUAGCAUUUAUCUGCACUACCACAAAACAACAACGCAGGGUCCUAGGAAGGCACCUAUUUCAGCUCUCCCCAAGACUACAUUCCAUAAAUCUAAAGAUCAGCCGUCAGGUACAACUGGCCAGAUGGAAGCCAAACUGAAAAGAAUAUUGCUUUAUCUGUGGAAUCCUCGCCACAGAUGUUUAACCUGUAUUCCAUGGUUGUGUUUGACAUUUAAAAUCGUUAGUUUCUUCUUUUAAAUAAUAAAUGCCAGAUGUUUCAUCAGAUCAAUAUGUAAACUGAUAAAUGUCAGAAAACAAGGUGAAGCCAUGAAACAUUUGAGUUGUCUUUCCUGUAGACUGAAUAUGUUACUGCUGCACUUAGAAACGAAUCUGUGGAGGAAAUUUUAGUGGAGACAUAAGGACAUUCUGAGCUUAUUCCCACAGAUGUUGGUGGGAAUGAUGACAAUGAUUAUAACUUAUGCUGUGCAAUUACUGUCAGGCCUUGUUCUAAUGCUUACUGUGGAUUAUCUCAUGUAAUCCUCAGUAACUCCAUAACAAAGAUACUACCAUUAUCCCCUUCUCAUAAAUGCUUAACAGUUUGAGCCUUGUGGCUUCUUUGGGUUUUUGCCUUCAUUAAAGCCAUAAACAGGCAGUUGUUAAAAGGGGAAAAUACUUCUCUAUGUAAAGCUUUUUUUUUGAGAACAAGGGCUUUUAAAAAUUAAUAAACACAAGCGUAAUUUAUUUAUAAAAUGUUUGUUGAAACAAUGGUAAAAUGCUGUUAAAAUAUGUAUCGUCAUAGCUGCUGAUUUUGUCAUCCCCAAAUCUCUGUUGCUGGACAGAACUUCAAAUAUUUCAUUGCUGGCAGGCACUGCUUUUGUUUUUCUAAACAGGAAACUAAAAUUCCACAUUGAAAGAAAAAAACAAUAACCCUCUCAAGUGUGAUCUACAUUAGGACAAAUGGCAACAGGCAGGAAGGGCAGGUUGUGUUGGAGAGUGGCCAGAAGAGAACGAGACUCUAACACUAUCAACACGUAAAAACACAUCCUCAGUGGGGCUAAGUGGAAUCUCGUUUUCUUUCUUUCUUCUGACUGAAUGCUAAGUGAGUUACUUUUCAGGCAUCAAUGGAGUCAUUAUGCAGUUGUGUGCAUUAGGAACAUGGGCUUAUGUGGUUAGCCUGUUGGUUUAAAGCAGUGAAGUAGAAAGACUGGGGUCAUUUAGGUUUGGUUUGUCAAAGGCAGCAAUACUGUAGUUACAUGCAUGAGGUACUCAAGAAACCAGUUCAAGUCUUGGGGCACAAUCUAGAUGAAAUGGUGAGGUUUGUUCAAAAAGUCAGUGAAGAAAAUGUCUUCAUGAACUGGCUUUAUUACAAGGCAAUUUUUUACUGUGGUAUAUUGAAACCACAAUGUAUGCUGCUUCCUCUUCCUCUAGAUCAUGAUUCUAAUGCGGACAGUUGUUUGUUGAAAUGAUAAAUCUCUUUUCAUCGUCAAACAUGGUGGGCUUCUAGUUGAUAUUUCCUGUUUCCUGCCUUGAAAGACAUCCUUGGUGGUGCCUUUCUCCCACUUUGGCACAUCACUCUCAGCUGAAAACAGUCUGGAUAUAAACUUUAACAAGUUGUAGAUCUAUUUCUACAGCACAGCUCUUUCAUGUUUAAAAACAACUGUGCCGUAUCAGGUGAUUGCCACAUGUUAGGGAAAGCAGCCAUUUUAGAGCAAAAGUCUGCCAACCCCUGGUCUCUGUUGACCCAAAUGUGGGUAUUAUUGUCUAAUGCUAACAAAAUCAACCCUUGUUGACUCACUUUCUCUGAACAAUCUAGUAUACUUCUCUAGUUUCUCCCAACCUGGAGAAAAUGAAAUAGCAAAAGCCAAAGGCAAAAUUAUUCUCCUCAGCAAUUCUAAGUACUUCAUGAAAAAGCAUCCCCUGGUUCCAAUGCAGAGGCCAAGGUGGUGACUAAGGUAUUAAGGAAAAUUUUGGCUGAGAUCAGUAAAAAUUAUUUUGGAAACUUAAUGUCCCAAGGUAAUUAUUUUAUUAUAUCAAGGGGAAGGCAUCAAGUUCUGUAGUAUGCUAAUAGAAGUGUGAUAUUUAGAUGCUAUUAGGACAUUGUAUGAAUUUCUUUAAUGUGGUUAUUUUAAGUUUAGGGCUGUAAAUGUUCCCUAUUGGAAUAGAAAUAUAUCUCUCUCCUACUUUCCACCAAGUAAAAUGGUUAGAGUGAACGCCCAAUUUCACAUCUGCCUUUUGGAUUUUGGAAAGUUUAAACAAGUCAGUUAAGAGAAUGAGAAGAAGCUUACUGUGGGUGAUGAGGAGUGUGUAGUUCUCCGUAAGGGCCACUGGUGUAACAAGAAUGAUUAUCCUGCAGUAAGAAUGGGUAAAACUUAAUAAAGUUUUCUAACUUUGUUAAAUUCACAUUAUUUAAUGGAAAAAAAAAACUGCAAAGGACCAAUGAGAUCAUGCAUGCUGCUGUAUUCUUGUGAUAGAAUCUACCAGGAUUCAGUUGUAUUUAAAUAAAAAACAGGCACACAUUUAGAAAUCAUUGACCAAGAAAUGUAAAUAUAUUUGAUUAAUAAAACAUUUUUAUGAUGACU